AUGCGUGUUUCUACUCCACUCCUCCUGCGAAGGAGUCGGAACCUCUCGAUAGCCAAUAUUACUAGACUAGCAAGUCGGCGGCUGGAUCUUUCAAGUGCGCAGAAGAAUUAUACAAUACAAGCAACCUCCACUACACCUUCUCGAUCGAUUGCCAGCUAUACCCACCCGCAUCAUGCCUCGGCCAUUUCCAUCCUCCCCACUGCGGUAGAUACCUCGUCACCCGACUUUAAAGAGAACGCACAACAAAUGCAAGAAGUGCUAGAUCGGAUGAAUGUACUCCAUAGUACAAUAGCGCAGGGCGGCCCGCAAAAAGCGAAGGAUAAACAUGUCGCUCGUGGGAAGAUGCUUCCCCGAGAUCGGGUCACCGCUCUCAUUGACUCUGGCACGUCCUUCCUGGAGUUGUCUCAGCUGGCGGGCUAUAGAGUGUACCCCGGAGAAGAUGUGCCCGCAGGUGGAAUUAUCACCGGCAUUGGAACGGUCGAAGGGGUGACCUGCAUGAUUGUGGCGAACGACAGUACAGUCAAGGGAGGCACUUACUAUCCCGUUACUGUGAAGAAACACCUUCGCGCUCAAGCGAUUGCCCAGGAGAAUAAACUGCCAUGCAUCUACCUGGUAGACUCUGGAGGUGCGAAUCUCCCACACCAAGCUGAUGUGUUUCCGGACAAGGAGCACUUCGGCCGCAUUUUCUUCAACCAGGCCCGGAUGAGCUCGCAGGGUAUUCCACAGAUCUCGGUCGUCAUGGGCCCUUGUACCGCCGGGGGUGCCUACGUGCCCGCCAUGAGCGACGAGACAAUCAUCGUCGAAAACCAAGGCACUAUUUUCCUCGCUGGACCUCCCCUUGUCAAAGCUGCCACUGGCGAGGUGGUUUCAGCCGAAGACUUAGGGGGUGGCCAACUUCACAGCACAAUCUCUGGCGUGACUGAUUACUUAGCUGUUGAUGACGUUCACGCAAUCGUUAUCGCUCGCCGCUCCAUCUCCAACUUGAACUACCCACCGGCCACUGAAUUCCCGCCCAAAGACCGCAACAAAAGUAUCAAAGAACCCCUCUACGACCCGGCCGAGCUCAAUGGUAUCGUUGGCACAAACCUCCGCCGCCAAAUACCAGCUCACGAAGUCAUUGCCCGCAUCGUCGACGGUAGCGAGUUCGCAGAAUUCAAGCGUGACUACGGCACAACCCUUGUCACCGGCUUCGCACGCAUCCACGGACAUCAGGUUGGCAUAGUAGCCAAUAAUGGCAUCCUCUUCUCCGAGUCCUCGCUCAAGGGCGCACACUUUAUCGAGCUCUGCGCUCAGCGCAACAUCCCUCUCGUCUUCCUCCAGAAUAUUUCUGGCUUCAUGGUUGGCGCGGACGCCGAAAAGGGCGGCAUUGCGAAGAAUGGCGCGAAACUCGUAACCGCUGUGGCCUGCGCUGAUGUGCCCAAAUUUACUGUUGUGUUCGGAUCUAGCGCUGGUGCUGGAAAUUAUGGCAUGUGCGGCCGCGCCUAUUCCCCCCGCCUGCUCUUUAUGUGGCCCAACGCCAAAAUCGGCGUCAUGGGCUCCGAGCAGCUCUCCUCCGUGAUGGAAGCCGUAGGAAAGACCGCAGACCCCGAGCUCAAAGCCCGCAUCGACCGCGAAUCCGAGGCGACCUUCUCCUCAGCCCGGCUUUGGGAUGACGGUGUUAUUCCCCCAUCACACACGCGGCACGUUCUGGGGCUGAGCUUGGCUGCUGCAUUGGGUGGAAAGGCUGAUAGAGAUGUACAGACGAAGUUCGGCGUUUUCCGGAUGUAG